CUUUAAUAGAAACAAAGAACAGCUGGAGCCACCGAGCGCAGCGUGCAAAACCUACGAUUUAAAUUGAAUCUGAGAAAAAAAAUAAUUUAUUUGAAUUCUCAACAUUCUUGAAGGUAUAAGGGGAGACUCUACGAUAAAUAUCCAUGUUGCUACUGCGAACGCAUGCACUUCAUUUCCGGUUUGUGCCCGAGGAACCACUCUGUCAUUCAGAAUAAAGGCCCGGUUUGUUCCACCAAGAAAUGGAUCAAGGGAUAUUGAACUAUUGUUAUCAGGUAUGCAUAGCAAGUAGCUGUGAACUGUAGCGAAUUCAACUACGCCAGCUAAAUUAGUCAUGUGACUCAAAACUGUUUUGCACUUCCUUCUACGAAUGUUAAUCGAUAUGGCGGAUCUCUGCGCAAGGAAACUUACGAAAGAGUCGGUAGGUUUUGCUACAGCAAUAUAGAACAAAAAAAGGUAGAAGAGUCAGUUCAAAGUUAUUAUCAUGUUUACAAAGAUUGUUCAAGUGUCAAACUAAAAAGUUGCUACUAGAGACUGCUAUGAGAGAAACAUUCAGUUUUGACACAUGAUCAGCGUAUAUAAAAAGCUUAAACAAGACCGGAGGAAUUGUAAUAAAAGGAUGCUGGUUGAGAUUGUGCCCACUGCAGAAACAGUGUUCUGAAAGUUUUUACAAUUAAAUUAGAACUUGUUGAGGCAGGUUCGUACGCAAAACAACUUAUGUCAAUUGUAUGUUAAGUGGCGGUCACGGUCAAUUGUUCCGAUGGUUUUGACAUAACAUGACCAUCUUAAUUUCUGCAAAAGCGUAUAAUUGAAAUGAUAUACGAAAAUGGCCUUUUGUUAGGUUAUUUCUUGAGCAUAAGAGCAAUUAACUGUUUUUCAAAAAUUAUAAAAUAAUUUUCCUUUGUGUAAAAUUCAAAUGUCACAUAGUAAUUGUGCGCUUACUGGUAGUUGUGAGACACUCGUCAACCCUUUGCCGCCCUCUUCUAUGAUUAUUUAGCAAUAAAUUCUCUCAAUUGGUAGAAUGCAGCAAUAUUACUCAAGGAGGGAAAGAACAAUGACCGCUUUGCUACCCAUCCCACCCCUCAAAAAUUGCGAUGGUACCUUCUAGCACAUUCACGGUAUUUCUACGUUUUGGAGCUGACGGCUGCAUUGUUUCUUCUUGCCUUGGGACUCACUGAAAAACCUCCAACACUAAAGGCUAAUAAUUUGAGUCUUCCAGUCGAGGUAAGUGUACACUCAGCUCUAGGCAGAGGUGUUAAGGGAGUGUUUUGAAAAAAGGAGUGAAGGUGAGACAGGGUCAGAGAGGGGGGUGGGUGGAAUAGGAGUUACCUGCUGAAGCCAAAGGCUGAGGCAGAUAACACAGACAUGAGGUUUGAUCUUUCAUGAUAUCAUGCAAAAACCAUAUUCAAUAAUUGUUUUAUUUACAUUUUUUCAACAAUCUACAAAAGAAGACACUUUUCUCUGAGUUUUCAAAAGUUUGAGAACACCACAAGGAUGAGCGGCUUGGAAACUAGAGAGACUUUGAAUUUGACAUGAUAACCCAAUAUCUGCUGCAGAUAUUGGGUUAUUAUGUCAACUUCACACGCUAUUGUAUACUGAAUGUGUUUUUAUAGGGUUAGCCUAAUCCAAACCAAGUCUAAUGUAUAGUAAUGUCAAUUGACCACCAUAAAGAGUUUCUAAAGAUGACAUUUCCAGUGCUAGCCCUUCAUUAGAGCAGAAGUGUGAUCCUGAUGUAGAAAAUUAUUAUGAGAAGAUGAAAAAAUGAAUAUUUUACCAAGGCAAUUUUAUACUGGGAAAGUAUCUCCUGUUUGAGGGACUUAAACUAAGGCCCUUCUACCUCCCCCACCCACUCUCCUUUACUGAUGCCAAUUACACUUGUGAUUAUAAUGCAGUUUUAUUUUCCAGUAAAUGCAAAAUGAUUAAGCUCCAAGUUGUGUUGUAAUAUGAUGUCCUUAAGUAUAGAGAGAUUGAUUCUAUAACUGGUCAAGAAGUAAAUUGUUCAGUAUCAAUUUAUGAUUGAAGUAGCAGUUUUACUGAACAAUUAAGAGAGUUUAUUACUUCCCAAGGGUAAAUGAUAUAUGUAAGAUUAAUAAUUUGAUGUUAUAAAUUACAAUAAUGAACAUUCAAUACUGUUUACCAGGUUCAUGCAGCCUUGGAGGUUCUCUCACUGAUGAUUGUCUUUGCUGGACUUGCUGUAAAACUGAAGUGGCAGGGAGCAAAACUUUUCUUCACCCAUAAGAGAACCCUUCUCAAGGUACAUUACAGUGCUACUUUGGUACAUGCAAUAAUUUUCCAUCACAAAGGGUUGAUAUAGGACUUUUCAAGUGAAAGUAUAAAAAAAUGAAGCCAAAUUAAUUACAGCGACAAUCAGAAAAAUGAAAAAGAAAUUAAUAGAAGCUGAUCAGGGCUUGAAAUGAAAACAACCAGAAUGCUCAGAGGAUGGAAAAAUGUGCACAAGCUAUCACACUGCAAUUGGUUGAGGUUUUAAAUCUAGUUGGUUGAGAAGGUAAUAGAAGUUUUCUGGACCAAUCACCAAGUGAGUGAAUGUAAUCUUGGAUUUUUUAAACACUUGAUUCAAAUUUCUCUAUCUGGACAAACUGGGUGUGGAUGUUUAGCAAGAUAAUAGCACCAUCUUGUACUUAGAGAAGAUUUGAGACUCAAUGAGAACACUGUAUAAAAAUGACAGGGAUUCUUACCAUCUAGAACCUCCUAAAUAUUACAGAUCAAUAUGGGUCUGGCUUAUGCUUUUGCACUUGCUAAAAUGCCAAUUCAAUAAAUGUAUUAAUUCAGUUCAAAUGUUUCACCUACCAUCAGGUUUUUAUCUGGUGCGUGGUAUUUAUAGAAGCCAUUGUGGUGCUGGUGAGAAGGGAGAAUCAUUUUCGAGUAACAAGAUCUCUGCGCCCACUCUUUCUCAUUGAUACACAUUACUGUUUUGGGGUGAGAAGGUUAGUCUCAUUCUGUAGUUAAAAUUGAAGGUAAAAUUUUCACUGUGAUUUGUGUAAAUAAAUUUGUUGUUUAUUGCUCCAACCUCGAGUACUGACAGGGUCCAAAAAUCUCUCCUUCUAGUAGAAUUUUCCUACCAAAUUCAUGAUCUAUGGUGAAAUAACACCAAUCUCAAAGACAGAUGUAAGGGAAGGGAUCAGGUUUAGGGUUCACUGUUCAAGGGCUUUAGAUCAGAUUAUCUUGGGGAUCAUCCUAUUGUGAGUACACCUCCCAAUCAGGGGAAACAGAGCCGUAACAUAUCCUGAUAAAUUAAACAAGAGACAUCAGCCUUGUGUCUAAGGAACUUUUGGACAAUUCUAAAAUAAAGGUCAGAUGACAGUAAAGCAGUAAAAUGAUGAAGCAGAAGAUGACAAUGAUGGCCACAAGUAGUUUAUGAUGCCCCCCUACCACCACACCUCAGCAGAGUGCUGGGAGUGGUUCUAUCAAUUGAAGAUGUUGGCAGCGCAAUAUCUUUGGCUGUUUUGAACUUUUACCUUAUGAAAUGAAUGUAAUCACUUCCAGAUGUAAAAAUGAGAUUCAUGCAUUUUUUUUGCUUUUAAAUUUUAGGGUUCUAAGACAGAUUUUACUUUCACUUCCUCCAAUCCUGGACAUGCUCUUUCUGCUGUUUUUUAUCAUGGUAAUCUUUGCUAUGUUAGGUAAGAAAUGAGGAAAAAUUGUCAUAGAGAAAUCAGUUGUUAGCUUUUAUGUUGUUCAUUAAAAAAAAAUGAUAUAUGAAAAGGUAUUGGUUACCAAUUGAAAUUCGAUUAGUGUUAUAACUCCAUCAAUUCCUAAAUUAAAUGAUUUCUGGAGAAUAGUUAUCUUGUAAUGUAGAUUAAAGAAUUGUUUUUCUGUUUCACCAAUCGUUCUAGAGUUGAAGAGACAUUUGGCUCAGGCGUGAUCCAUCAAUUCUUUUAGCUUUGUGUUAUGAAACAAUGUUUCACUCACAGUUCCUGCAAUGGGGCAGAUGCUGACAUCAAUUGAAUCUAACAACAUGCAUCAGAGAAUUGUUUUAUAUUGAUGGAACCUCCAAAUGUCUAUUGAAUCUCAAUUCAUUUAUUAAACUUGAAAGCUUGUAAAAUCUGGAAAACAAUAAAUUAAAAUAGGCCAUUACUAUACAGUAUACACUGAUGGAAAUGUCCUAAACUUGAACAUGCAGGGCAUGUAUACAGAUAAAUCAAAACAACACAAAUAUCCUAAGCAAAACAGAACUACCUUUGAUUGUACACAUUGUGGUAUAUAAAUACAAAAAUAAACAAGACGACAUACCUCUUUCCCCGUUCUAUUACUUGAGUAAUAUUCUGACAAUCCUUUGAUUUAUCUUUACUGACUAUACUUGUAACUCACACAUGUCUCAUGGCUGAAUGAAACAUAAUGCAGACAAUUUGAAAGUCUGUCACACAAAACAAAAGAGUAUUGAAAGUCAUGCAAAUAACUGAAAAUAGCCUUUGUUACAGUUUCCUUCUUGCUUGCAGGGUUUUACCUGUUUUCUGACAAUGAAAAGGAUGAGGUAAUUUUAAUUAGUUACUAAACCUAUUUAUUAAACAUGUUGACACAUCCGAUGGACCAAUUUUCUUUUUCACCAUCACACCUCACUCACAUGCUAGAUUAUUCAAUUAAAGAAAAGUUCACUGCUUAUUGGCUUCUAGUCUUUCCAAGGACUUCUAUUUAAUUCAGUCUCUUUUUGCAAAAUUAGUUUUUCAGCAGCUUCUGGAGAAGCUUCAUCAGCUUAUUUGUGUUACUUACAACAGCAAAGUACGUGAAAUUUAAUUGUUAUUUAUAAGUUAAACAAGAAUGAUUUUAGGUCAUUGAAAUAUUCGCACUCUUAUUAAUUACACUAAAUUUGUGAAUUCUGUUCUACAGUUAUCCUGAUGUAAUGAUGCCAGCAUAUAACAGAUCACGAUGGUCGGUUAUCUACUUUGUUGUUUACAUUGCAAUUGUUCUUUACUUUCUCAUGAAUCUGGUAAGGUUUCAAACAACUACAAUGCAUGAAUUGUAACACAGAUAUGCACCACAUUAUUGCUUAUAUUAAUAUAUUUCCACGGGUUUUAACCAAUCUGGCAAGUCACUUGACUCUGAUGAUGACUUCUGCUCAGGUUGUUGAAAUGUCAGUCACUAUAACUGACAACAAUCUGAGUCCUCGUAGGACUACUCUCACCUGGACAAUCAGACUACAUGGUCAUUUACUGUGUAAGGCAAUUACCACCCAGUUUUCUUGACCUGUUUCUUUUAACCUUUUAACCCCCAAGACUAGGAUCUAAUUUCUCCAUAAAUGAUAUAUCAAUCCCAUAUAUCAUCCCUGAAUCAAAUUAAGGGCGUUAGAAUAAAGGAAAUGAUUGUGAGGUCAAGAAAAUCUUGAUCAUUAUGUGAAUUCUCCCUCUAAGUAUCUUAGAAAACGUAUAGAGAACUUACAAACUAAUGUUAGGGUGGAAAGCUAUGGCUUGACCUUUCACCCUGAGAAGUACCUGAUGAAAUUAAUUUCUACCAACAAUAUCUCUACAUUGUCAAACAGGCAGGAGAUAAGAACAUAAAAAAUUAGAGAAAAAUAUUAAUCAGGAGAUAUCUUUUCAUGUUAGGUGCCAGACCAUAAGUCACUCAUUACUUUUUCGUGACAAAAAGUUUUGUAAUUUUUUUUCCAAAUUUUGGCCCUAACCAAAAUUAAUUGCAUGUAGCCCAUGGUAAACAUAUAAUGUUUUCCUGCUUUGACAUUGCAGCUGUUGGCUGUGGUUUAUGAUACCUUUACAAACAUUGAAAAGGAUAAGUUUAGAAAACUCUUUCUACAUAAAAGGUAAGAAUUUCUGUGGCAGUUGAAUUUUGGCUAGUGUCUGCCACCUGAUGGUUUUAGUUAUUAUAAGGAAUUCUAACUACCCCAUAAUGUGACCUCAAUUCCAUUCACAAUAUUUCUUUCUCUUCCCUCUAUUCUCCUUCUCGAGGGUCCAGGUAAGGGAGGAAAGAACGAUCGUAAGAAUCUGACUUACUUCAGAGUACAAAAAGUUUCUCAGACUUACUGCAGUGUUUGUUAAAGUCUUGACUGGUAGUUCUAUUUUCUUUAAGGCAAGCUGUAAGACAAGCUUACAAACAUCUCUGCAGUGAACAUGUAAGUUGUUGAUAAGUUAGUAAUGUAUCAGUUUUUUAUUAAUAAUUUACUGGUCAGUCGGUCAGUCAGUUAAAUAUGUCGUUUUCUGUUUGCCAGUGGAGCAGACAGCCAGGAGACAAGAACCAGUAUGCCAUCAGUCAGUCAGUCAGUCAGUCAGUCAGUCAGGAAUUAGGUUGUCAAUCUAUUGGUUUGUCAGUUUGUCUGAGUUAGUCAAUACCCAAUGUAUUAAUUCACUGAAAUAGUCCACUUUGAAAUAACUAUUGUGUUAAACUAAUUAUGACAACUAAGGUCUUGAUUGAAGGCAGGGUCAUUUAUGUGUCACUAACAAACUUUCUGUCACAACAAAAUUAAUUUACUUACAAGAUAAGAUAAUCUACACUUUUUUCAAUAGCCUCCACAUUGGAUCCCAUGGGCAACUUUUAAAGGCUUGAUGUCAUAUUAUAAACCCAAAAAGAGUAAGUGCUUUGAUUUAUUUCUGGCUUAUAUGUAAAAAAUGUGCUCAAAGUGUUUAUUACUUUUUAUAGGUUCACAGUAAAUGAUAAUAUUUUGAAUAUUAUUAUCAACAGUCGGUCAAUAAGAGCCUGGAUUAGUCCCAAAUCUUACUCACACACUAUUGUUGUGGUUUAAAUGUUUUAAAGAAUAUUAUUAAGGUCAUUAAUUUAAAGAUUGUUACUUUUCCAACAGCUGAUGUGGAGAAAUAUCUUGUUUUCAAGUCACUAAAUAAAAGUAACACUGGAAAAUUAAGGUAAUGUUCUUUUUCAAAAAUGCAUUAUUUGUAGGUUUUUCUAAGGAUUUGGCUUAUCGGUAAUUGUAGUUUAAAAUUUAAUUGCUUUCUACAUCUGGUACCAUUGUGGCUUGACUGUGACUCCAUAUUUAUACUAAUUUGUAGUUAUCAACUUUAAUUUUAGCCUGGAUGAAUUUUACAAUGUUUUUGAAAACAGUGAGAUGAGGUGGAAGCGGGUAUGUAUCUAUUAUUUUAUCCAAAGAAAUCGAAGAACAUUUUGAAAAACACAAUUUUUAAAACCUGCUAAAACUGCAGUGAAAAUCGUGUCAUGAUUUAUCUCACAUGGUUACUGUUGUUGUUUUCUUAAAGGUAACAGAACAUUACAAUCAGUGGUUUAGCUGUUUCAGGUCAUGUAACUGUUUGUACCGCACACUCAAAGGCAAGAUGUAAUAUCCAUGUUCAGUGUACUUGAAUCGUCUUUUUUAGGGCGGUAUUCGAAUUGAGUGUCGUAAAACCAAAACCAGAUUAGCGACAACCGCCAAUGAGAAGACAGAAAAAUACUUUAAGAACCAAUGAGAACUCAAAGUGAAUACAAGCAAACUGCCCAAAGCGCGGGAAAACGCGGGUGACCAUGUCGCGAUUGGUUUUAGUUUUGAAUCUGAUUGGUUGAGAAGUAAUGGGAGUAUUCUGGACCAAUCACCAAACGAAAGAAAGCAAAACCAAAGCAAUUUCGAUUCACUUUCGACACUCAAUUCAAAAUUGCUAUAUAAGUGGGAAUUAAUUGUCCAACCAAGACAGGGAGGAUAACGACUGUGUAAACACUUAUUUUUACCUCUGGUUCCUUUGGCCUUGGAUAGCUCCACAAUUACAUCUCUCUUUUGAAAAAUGGAGAAUUGUGAGCAGUUGGCAGAAAGUUAUUCAUUAAAACUUUUCUGACAUGGAAUUCUCUUAAAUCUCAUCCACUUCUAGUGGCCUAUUUGACAAUCUUUUCAAAAAAAUUAUUCUUGAACUUUUUUAAAGUUGAAAGUCUUUUUCUGUAUAUCUCCCCGGAUUUUUAAGGGACGUUUUGUUUGUAAAACUUCGUGGGCUUGUUAAGAAAUAUCCUUGAACAUUUUAAACCUACAGGAUCAUUCGUAAUUCACUGAAAACAUUGAAAAUAGUUCAAAUUAAUAUUCUUAGAAAAGUUUCGAGAAUGCUUGGAAAGUGAACGAUUUGUUUUGGCCAGUCCAAUAAUCAGCAUGGUUAAAAAGCUUCCUCCGCUUGAUUGGUAUAGUUCCUAAACCUUAAUUUCGUGCCAAAUGCCAACUAAUGAUUAUACUCUUAUCGGAACUUAGAUGUGUAAAUUCGUCUUGAUACAAAAGUUUCAUUUCUUUUCACAGGUAUUCGCUGGCUCAUAUCACAGAAAGCUUUUGAGUUCAUCAUCUGUAAGUCUUCAGUUUUGAAUCUUUGCUGCUAAAUUGUAGAAUUGCAUUUCACUCGAAAUUAGCAAAUCCACUCACACUUUGAAAUAUUGUCUUGUAAUUUCCAGAAAUUUCAAGAGUUGAAACAUAAAGAAAUUAGCUCAUUUGUUUUUAGAGGCCGUGUCGUAAUAGCACUACUUCAAAGCUUCAUUCAACCUACGAACAAACAUUUAUUGGCCUUGAACUCCGCUUUCAGGACAUGCUUUGCUAGUCUUCAUAAUACAUUUAGAUCAAUUUCUGCUUUGAAUAAUCGUCUUUAAAAUUUUCUUCUUUUACAGAUGGAAUUAUUAUUGCAAAUGGGAUUUCAGUUGUUGUGGAUAUCAUUGUGUUUUCCAGUAAGUUAUUUUCUUUUCUUUGAUUUUAAGCUUAUCGAAUUAUGUCGUCAAAGAAUCUGUUUAGAACUGAAGUGUCUCAUUACACAACGCAAUGAGGCGGCGACUUAUCAAAACUAGAUUUUUCUUGAUCGGCCAUGUGACUAUUACCAAAAGCGGGAAAAAUGCCCGUGAACGAGCCACGGCGCGUGUUGGGUUGGCCUCUGAUGGCUAAAAUAGUGGCGUGAGUUUUGAGAGCCAAUUAGAAAACGCGGGGCACUUACCCAAAUAAAGAAAUUCUGUGCAUCCGUGCAUAGAUGAUAUUUGUUCUGACCGAAAAAUGUGUUGAGCGUUCCAUGCGAAAGAUUUUAUUUACUCUUUAUUUGCAGACACUCCUCAAAAUGAAAGGCAAAAGAAGAUAAGAGAGCUCCAUUGGUACCAUGUAGUCUUCAUUUGUAGUGAGUUGAUUCAUCAGUGUCACAUGUAUUUUAUUCCUAAAAAUUUUUUAUUUCUGAUACGAUGCAUAGCUCGAUUAAUCUUUAUUGAAGUUUUUAGGUUGGUUCCGUAUUGGACUUAAAAUAUUUGGGCUGUUUUUUACGACUCAUGGAGAUUUCCUUGAACUUAAAUAUCCAUGUAGUUAUGAGGAUUUCCUUCAGAUAUUCACAAUGUAACUUUAAUAUUUCCAGUUUAUGCAGUAGAAACCUCGCUCAAACUCCUUGGACUUGGUUUCAGGAAAUAUUUCCUGUCUGGCUGGAAUAUGUGAGUAUUCAAGAACGGAGUUUAAGUUGUGCUUUCUUGUGUUACAGUUUAGGCUAUCGUUUCUGACUUUGUAGAUUCUGACUUGCAACCAACUUUUGCUCAGCGCGGCGCAGUUGCUGAAACUCUGAACAACCGUGAAUAUCAACACUGGUUGCUUUUUGCACGGUGCACUACUAUGUGUAGUAAGUAAACAGGCAUUAAAAGGAUAGAUACAUUGCAGUUGUUUGUUUGUUUGUUUGUUUGUUUUGUGGGAAAAAACUUUGAAAUAUGUCAACUGUUAUUUACAGCGCCAGCUGUUAGCAAAAUAAAGUAGAUAUGUUUUAGAAGAGUUUUCCCCAGUAGCUUUAUAAUAAUCUGGGAUUAAUAGUCGGUAUCUGAACAACUGUACAUGUGCACCUACCCCUCCCCUAACCCAACAUUAACCUUAGCUCAGUUGUUAUCAGUUUACUGUUGUCGGGUUAGGGGAGGGGUGGGUGUGCAGUUACUCCAUUACUGACAUUGAUCCACUAACUGUCUUAUUGUGAACUAAACGCUUCUAUGGUUACGCUAUCUUACAGAUUCGACUUCUUUGUAACUGUGGCUGGUUUUAUUGGUGCAGUGUCAGCAUCCUUCAGUUUUAUCGUCUGUUUGAGACCCUUGAGACUUUUGCUGUAAGUACUUAGUUCUUUUUAAAAAAUCUUAUUGAGUUCUUCAUGUUACUAAAGCAAUUGAUAUUCCUUGCAGACUUUUUAAAUUGAAAGAAAGAUACCGAGACUUGUUUGAGACAAUAGGUGUCUUAUUACCUCGAAUGGCCAGGUAAUACGUUCUCUGUUUUAGUGGAAUUGUCCACUGUUAGGUAGGUGUGGCACUGUUGCUUAAAGUUUAUUCAUGGCUGAGCGUGAGAAUGACAGUUUGUCACGCAACGUCUUCUGCUAGGCUAAUGCGAUUUGCUAACGUCGCCUAAGCACUAACGUUACUCACAAGAAACGAUUUUUCUCUCAGGGUUGCCGUCGUCAUUCUGUUGAUGUACUACUCGUUUGGAAUCAUUGGAAUAGAAUGCUUCUCUGGACUCGAACUAAAGGAUUGUUGUGUGUAAGUAUUCUCCGUUCUAAUAACAGUCUUUCAUCGAAUAUUUUUUCACAUGGAUCUAGCGGAACUGGUGGGUCAGAGAGGGAGGAGUAAAUUCCUCUAAAAUUCUUUAUAAGUAGUCUCUCAAACCAAUGAUUGUUCACCGAAACGACCGCAUGAAGACCAAGCUCGAUCUAAUAUUCCGCGUGAAAGUGAUAUAAUGCGAGUCGAUCGCGUUAAGGCUGGUUUGGUGUGCGAACAUUAGGGGAAGUAGUAUUCCGCAUAUGUUUGAAACCAGAAAUAGCUCAAGUGGAAUCGACGCACCCCACCCAAUAACCAGUCUGUCCUCCUCUUUCCCUUCAUUUUCUCUUGGAUGGUCUCAGUCCAGCCACAAGUCACCCUUAGCUCGGAGGUUAAAAGUCUUACGAACUAGUUGUCUGGAAGAUCGUUGGGUCGAAUCCCAGUUGAAGCACUGAACAUUUGUUUCUCUCCAGUAUGUGUCGGUCACCGACUCAACAACCUCGUCUUUCCUACCAUUUUAUUUUAUUUUGCACACUAUCAUGCAGAACAGGCGUUUCUUGGACGCAUUUUAGUCGAGCAGUGAUUUUCCGGUUGUGCGGCGGAAGUAGUCGCCCUUGUUGCUCGCCUCGCUUGAAAAUGCACCAAAACCCUCCAGCAUUUUAAGACCUACUGAUACAUGGAGAGAAUGAGUUGGACGUUAUGAGUUAUAUGUUGCUAUUCCUGAAUGUAUCUCAUCUCUAAUUGUUCUUUUAUUAUUAUUAUUUUGCACAGAAACACUUCGUGGGAAGGAGAAUACAAGGAGGGUGGCUAUUAUUAUUUAAACAACUUCAAUGAUUUGCUACAUUCAUACGGUAAGCGCCUUGAAACUGUUUCUGGUUAAAUUAUUAUUGCAAAUAGGGAAGAACCACAAGCGAAGCGCUUUUUUUUAUUAACGAACAAAAGAUAUCUAGUCUAAAGAUGACUAGUUUCUGUGUUAUAGGCAGCUAAACCACACUGAGGGAGACCCCACGCUUACGCUUAUUUUCCGCCGUUUUCUCAAGUCCGUUCUUCAUUCGAUCCUCCCCGAGAGGAGGAUCGGGGUGGGGUGAGCGCAGAUUCAUUUCCCGAAAAACGGCAGGUAAUCGAGCGUACCCUCUAUCGCUAUCACCUCGGCACUACCAAAGACCUCUUUUCACCCUUCAAAUGUAAAACGUCUGUAAACAUCCGCUAAUUGGCGUACACUUAUCAUAACUCACAGAAAUAGCCCAUCAUGAGCUAUAUUUUGAUGAAUGGGCCUUUUACGGAUGCGCGGGUGAUUAAGAAUUCAAACCCUUUUUCCAACUCACCCACCAACCCAACUCUCCUUUCCGCCCCAUGCUUGCAAUUUUCUCAAAUUCAUUUAAAUGACCGCCUGUCCAUUGGAGAGUUUCAUCAUAUCGUACAUAACCGUUUUUAUUACGUUUCUCUGUAGUGACUUUGUUCGAGUUGACAGUGGUAAACAACUGGUUUAUAAUAAUGGUAAGAAAACGGGAUUGCUUGUUUUAGUGUUCCACUCGCUUAGUGAGUGCACGCAAUCCCUGUGCAUCAUUUAAGUUGUAUUCAACUGGUGUGGUGGAGUUAUUGGCUUGUUUUGUGCAAAUUCUGGAUUAGUUUUUUCCUUUUCACAAUCAGCUUUCUUUUCCUAUUUAUUGAUAGGAAGGGAUAGUUUACCUGACAUCAGACUGGGCCAGAGUAUUCUUUAUGUCAUUUUACAUUGUCACAAUGGUAGGUCUUAAAAUCACCGAUUAUCAUAGUUACACAAGUUUUUAGACAAAGAUCUGCAUACCUGGGUUUUUGAAAUAGCCUCGGGGGAAGGGGUACUUAAGUCAAUGUUUGCUGGGUGUGUGUCGCUGUCCUCUCAGAACCUUUACCCCAUUAUAGACUGUUCUGUGGCCAAUUAUAGAUCCCAUCCUAGUCACAUUUGAGCCUAUGUAAGUUCAGGAGAGCUUCUCUUCAGCGAGUUUCUUAGGCUACCUACCAGGUCCAUAUGCGACACGCUUCCUAGAAGGAAUGCAAAAAGCGCCGUGGAGAUAGAAAAACUAUAGAAUGAAGAGAUGACCUUGGUAGAUGAGUAAAGAAAGGUCCAAAACGUUUCUGAAACAUUUCAGGCGUUGCUAGCUUCUUUUAUUUUCUUCUAUGUGCCUUUAGAAAAGAACUAUUUUGGCAUAUUUUUACUAGUUCUCGGUAAUCAAGUAUUCUCUUUUCCUAUCUUAUUUUGACCAGGUUGUUAUGACAAUAGUUGUGGCGUUUAUCCUGGAAGCCUUUCUCUUCCGGAUUGAAUAUAGAAAAGAACAUCCUACCGACGAGAAAGGUGAAGAGCGUCAGAUAUUACUGUAAUCAAGACUGUUCUGGACCACUCUGCCCUAAAUAACAACAUUGAAAUGUUGAAAACGUUCUCCGUUGUCUCUUGUCAAUGAAUUUCGUAUUUCAAAGAUCACGUAUCUUCGAUCGUUAGUGGCGUCACAGACGUUGUACAGCAAAAUAAGCCUACGUGGCGUGUGUUACCUUUCAAAAUACCAUAGAAAAAGGAAAAGGGUUCGCAAAGCGUACACAUUAUACGAAGUGGCAUCAAGUUGGAGAAUGAUGGAGAAUAGCUGCGCUUAGAGGAAAGUGUGUUCAAUAUUGACAAAAUGGUUUACCUUUCCACAGAGGAUAUGAAAAUCAGGAUGGAAAUCAUUGUGACCUACGAAGAACUCCUGGCCUUGGGCGAAAGCUAUGUGGAAGAUCUACAGCCUGAUCAGCCCGUAAGAAUAUCAUUAUUUCGUAGUCUGUCAGACAUUUUCAUUCAACUCCCAAGUUUUCUGUUUUUAGGGGAAUGUUUCUUGAGUCAUGAAACACCACCUCUGUGACUUCAACUCAAAUUCCUGACCCGUCAAGGGACCAAUCAGAGAUCUGCCGCUAACUCACGCGGCAAGCAUAGUACGUGAUUUCCCACUACGGUAGUAUCAAAAUGACCGUAUAUUUAUGCUUUCCAUUUGCGUAAUAUUCCGUUCAACAGCUGAGCAAUAACUUGAAAACUUACAAUCUAUUAUCACUGGUUUUCGAAAUGAAUUACGAGAUAUCAUUCAAGGGUCCCGCAAGACAGCUUCCUCAGACACAUUGAACCGUUGAGAGACCCAUCAGUUAUUUUGAACGUAUAAACAGGUAUCGUUAUUUAAGGGUUCUUGUUCAUAAAUUUUACACUUGUUGGGCUGUAGUAUUUUAGUCGAUACACUAAGGUCUCAGAUGCAUAGCGGUCUUUUGUACCGAGGUUUAACUGUUUCAAUACAGUUUGAGACUGUUAUGUGACUCACGUACACUCGUUUCAUUUCACUGCAGGUUCAUUACGUUGGAAAACGCCCCAAGACAAAAAUGGAUUUGAGCGUAAAAAUGUACGACGAUGAAGUCAAGGUAUAAACUUUUCAUUGGUCAUUAGUUUGUAAAUUAUUCUGUGGUAAAUUAGUCAGUUGUUAACUGAUGAAUCAUUCUGUAAUAAAUUAGUCAGUUGUUAAUUGUUCAAUUACACUGUAGUAAAUUAGUCAGACAAGUAAUGUUGAAGCGACGAGGUCACGCCAUCAUUAUGCCCCGUUUUUGUUUUUAUUUAUUAGUUUGUUUGUUUCUUAACAACAUCUCGUUUAUAAUUAACCUGUUUCGCUUUUCCUUGUAGGAAUGGAUAAAAAAGGAAAGGGCCCUCGACAUGGGAGAAACUUUAGUGCACGCUCAUAUAACAGAGGAUGAAAUGCCCAUGUCUUCUACCAACUCUCCUUCAUCACCAGUCUCCUCGAAUACGUCAUCCAAUGGUCUUGUGACUGAUGAGAUAACAAUGGGAGAAGUAAACACAGUGUUUGAUGAGGAAGAAGUAAAUUAUGACGCCACCUUUUGAAAAUGGGAGCGGGAAAAACUGUUAACCUUCAACAAGAGUUCAACAGAUUACUCUAUUAUGUACAUAUACUCAGUAAAAUAGGCCAUAACCAUACAAUAUACACUAAUCGAAAUGUCCUAAACUCGAACUCGAACUUUUUAAAAGCGAUUUGUCUAAAAAAGAUAUUGAUUCUAAACAUUUUUAGGAUUUGAAAAAUAUAUUUUUUGAAUGUCCCUUUUCGGCUUCCGUGGUUUGAAAUAUUUUUUGAUGUUUUGAUGGUUGACCUCAGAAAUUCUCUACAGGCUCUAAAGAAUACCACAUCUGUUCAAGAGGCUCAAAAGCUAAUCUCAGAUAAUAAUCUACAAACAGUCUUAGGGCUUGCAGGUACCCAUCAGAUCUUAAGUAAACAGGAAGACAUUUUAAAUCAUGUUGACAAUCUCGACUGCUCAUUGGUUUGUAAUUGAGAGGGUCCAUGCAGUAUUUGAGCAAUUUAGAGGAAGGCUAUCCUAACUAGGUGUCCUUGAAGCUAUGACAGAAAAUUAAGAGAAAUUUAAGGGUUUUUUGGCUGUUCUGAAGUAGCCGCCAUCGUCGUGACGAUGACGGCUUACUAAGUGAUUGUAAUAAAAGACCUCUUGUUGCAGCGUUUAGAUCACCCCUGAUGGAGGUACUAGACAGGAAGUGUCGAAACAUUGGGUCUGUGAAUUGUAAACAAAGGCCCGGUUUGUUGCCACAAGAAAUAGAUUAAAAGAUCUAGAAGUAUUGUCCUCAGGUAUGCAUGGCAAGUAGCUGUGAAGAGUAACGAAUUCAACAACUAAUUCAACAGCCAAAAGAGUAUUGUGACUCAAAACUGUUUUGCACUUCCUUCUACGAAUAUUAACCGAUAUGGCGAAUCUUCGCGUAAGUGGACUUACGAAAGAGUCGGUAGGUUUUGCGACAGUAAUAUAAAACAUCAAAAGUUAGUAGAGUUAUUAUUAUCAAAGUUAUUAUCAUAUUUACAACAUUAUUUGAAAGUGUCAACCUAAAAGUUUGCUUCUGGAAACUGCCGUGAGAGAGUUUUGAUACAUGAUUAGCGUUUACAUUUUUACAGAAGGAAAAAGUAUUUAUGCGGUAAAGAACGAAAAUGAAGAAUUAACUCACACACAGGUAUUUUAUGACUGUAUUGGUGCCACGGAUACCUGUUAGUACAAAAUGCGGUAAAAAAAUUUCCGCACAGCCCCAUACUAUUGUAAAACAAAUCUGUUUUCCCAACGACAAUAUAUUGUUUUUUUAUCAUUGUUUCCUCUAUCCAAAAACUGAAUGCAUAAUGUAGUAUGGGGCUGUGCGGAAAUUUUACCCAAAAUGCAGACUGCAGACCGCAGACUGCAGACUGCAGGCCGCAGACCGGAUACAAAAUGUAGACCAGGUACAAAAUGUUAACUGCAGAGUGGGCAAAAAAGGCAGAAAUGAGAAUUUAAAGUGUUUUUUCGUCUGGUAUGUGAUAACAUGUCAUCUUACGACUUAACGAGCGUCACGCAAUCGCUUCUCCGCGAUCAGCGUUCACGAUUAUUUGCACUAUUGUGGAAUAUUCUUGGCCCCUUUCAAUAUCAAAAUCGUUCCUAAUAUAAUUUUAAGCCUUCAUAUAGUGUUUUCACUUUGCGCGCGAGUUGAUUGGUGUGAUGUCUGUACAGAUUUUACCAACUUAAUAAAAGUAGAUGUAGAUGUAAAUGAGAUCUCACUAUUGAAUAUUUAACACGCACAAUAUUCGAGAAAUAAUUGACAGCUUUGCACGUAUUAUCAUCUUUUUAAGCGGUAUGUGUUUAUUUCGUUGACAAAAAUGGGGACCGAGACCAAAACUGAUCCUUCGACUCAAUACAUUUUCUUCGUUGGUAGAUCACAUCAUAUUAACUUAACUCCGUUCAUUACACC